AUGUAAUAUAGAUCAAGUAAACCUCCUCAAUCGGUGAAGAACUAACCGGGGUCAUUCUUUCCAAAGCAACCUUAUUCACCAGCAAAGUCACAUAUAGAGCACUUUGUGUCUGAAAAUCCUACACCCAAUUAACGAAAAUAAUAAUAAGGUUAUCCUCCAAGACAAAAUUCGUUUAAUAUGUCUAGUGGGGAAAGUUUAGAAUAAUUUCAUAGAAAGCGUUAAAAUUCCAAUUUUAGUUAAGAAAAGAAAGCAAAAAAUUAACUGUUUAAUAUUUUAUUCAAUAAUACAAAGCGUAAUGAUAGUUUUUGUAAAGACACUAUGUAAGAUAUGAUGAUUUAUAUUUAGGAAGAAACAAAAAAGAUAAAACUCAUUUAAUAAUUAAGGAUAAAACUGGUAUCUUCCAAGUAAAUAAAAGUUAUCCUAAACUAUGUAAAAAAAGCAAUCAAAUAUUAACAACAGUAUGGAUGGAUAAUAGACAGUUGAUAUUAGUUUCGAAAACAAUGUAAUAAAAGGUUAUUAGGAUCAUAGUGGUUUUUAGAGUGACACUACUAAACCUUCUGAAGAAUACAAUCCUAGAUCAAUUAAACUAUUUGAAAAAGGCAAAUAACUAUUAAGAGAAAAACAAAUUGAUGAAGCAAUUGAGUAAACAAUUUAUUGAUAAUGAUAGUUAAUUAAAAAAAUGUGUAGAACUUGAUACUAGAUUAUUAGAAGGCCAUUAUUUUUUAGGAUUAGGCUAUUUAGGAACUCAAAUGUAUUAAAAAGCAAUUGCAGAAUUCUAAUAUGUAAUUUAAAAGGAUGCAGUUCAUCGCAAAAACAUUUACCUCUUAUUAGCUAUUUCUCAUAAAAAAAUGAAUGAAGUUGAUUAAGCAAUUUAAAUACUCAAUAAAGUGAUAGUAAUGUUUCCUAGAUAUUAUGAUGCUUACAUUUAUAGAGGGAAAUUAUAUAUCAAACUCAAUCAAAUUGAUAAAGCUGAAUAAGAUUUUAAUGUAGCCACUUAAUUAAGUCCAUAAAAAGGAUUAGGUUAUUUAGGUAAAGCUGAUUGUUUAAGAAUGUAAUGCUAAUAUAAAUAAGCUAUCAAAUUCUAUUAAAAAGCCAUUAAUUGUGAAUAAGCAGUUGGAAAUGCAGCAAUGUUAAAAAAGGCUAUUACUUUAUAUGAAAGUUAAUAAUAUGAAGAAUGUGCAAAAGACUUAACAAAACUGUUAGAAACUGAUCCAACAAAUUCUGAAGCCUAUUAUUUCAAAGGAUUAAGUAGAUUGAAAAUAAGUAAUUUUAUUUUUUUAUUAUAGAGAAUGCAACUGAAGCAUUACUAUGUUUUGAAUAAGCCAUCAAACAUAAUAAUUCUAAAAAAGCUGUUACUAAAUCUUUGUAUGAAAUAGCUAAGAUGAAAAUUGAAUAAAGAGAUUUUUAUGCAGCUUAUCAUACUUUGAAUAGAUCAUCUAUGUUAGAUACAGAAAAAAGUUAUUUAGAGAAAUUUCGAUUGUUUACUGAAGUAAAUUAAUCAAUUUAAAUAGGCUGUUAUAUUUUUAAUGAAAAGAAAAUUCUAAGAAAGUAUGCUCAAUUUUCAAGAAAUCUAAAAUAAUCAUUAAUUAAAUGAUUUUUUAAAACCCUUAUUUUAUGCUUAUAGAGCUUAUGGAAAUUUUUGUUUAUCUAAACAUUAAAAAGCAUUAGAUGAUUACAAAUAUCUAUUAGAAAUUUAACCAGCUGAAUCUAGUGUCCAUUAUAAUAAAUUUUUAUGUGAAGGAAUAUUAAAAGUAUAAUCUGGGUUAUUCACAGCAGGUAUGGAGUUCUUUUAAAGAGCUUAGAAGAUAUUUUAAAAGAAAAUGGAACCAACAUUUUAUUUGGCUGUUACUUAUAUUAAUUAAUCUUUCAAAAAAAAAAGUGAUUAGUAUAAAGAUAUUAUCAAAGGACUAGAAUUAUUAGAUAAAGCAAAUAGUAUGAAUGAUUAAAAUGCUAAUUUAUAUUAUGUUCGUUCUAUUGUUAAGUGUUUUUUAGGCUAAGUAAAUGAAGCAUUGAUGGAUAUAGAAACAGCAAUCUAAAAGUCAGAAGAUAAUGUUGCCAAAUAUUUCUAUUUAAGAGGGAUGAUUUUUGGAAUACUUAAACAAUAUAAACAUUCUUUAAAUGAUUUUAGCAUUUGUCUAACACUAGAUGAAACAUUUGCUGAUGCUUACUUAAAUAGAGCAAAAUGUCAUUUUUUAAGUGGAGAUUCAAAUUCUGCUUUCUCAGAUUUAUAAUAAUGUAUUCAAAUUUUAUAAGAUGAUCCAAGAAUGCAUGUAUGGGCUGGUAAUUUUUUAUUUGCAAAUGCUGCUAUUGAAGAUGCCAUUAAAGCUUAUUCCAAUAAUAAAGAUUUUAAAAAUAAUCCAAAAUUAUUAUAAUUAUGUUCUGAAUGCUAUAUGGUUUUAGGUGAUCUUAAUUUAUGUUAAGAGGAUAUAAAUAGAGUAUAUAAAUUAACAAAAGAGAAGACUGCUGAGUUUGAUAAGGAUAUGCUAUAAGCUUUAAGAUUAGUAUUUAAAGAUGAUUAAUAAAUAUAUUAUAAUGAGGAAAGUGAAAAUGAAUAAAUUGAAUUUAAAAAUAAUCUAAAUAAAGCAAUUAAUAGUUUAACUUAAUUGUGUAGAGGAAAUGGUAAAUUGUUUCAAUAAUUUCAUGUUUAUAUAUUUCGAGGAGUCUUCUUAUUUCAUUUAGAAAAAUAUGAAGAUGCUUUAAGAGACUUUUAAAUGGCAAAAAGUCAAAAAGAACUUUCUAUUACUGAAAAGAGAUUAAAAUAAAGGGGAAGUUAAUCAGAUAUUUUUAAUGAUGAGGAAUUUCAUGAGUUAACUGAAGAUGAAGAAGAUGCUGAUUUGUUAGAAAUAUUAGAAAUAAAAUUUAAUGAAUUAAUUUGUUUAGUUAUACUUAAGUAAUACAAGAAAGCCAAAGAAAAAUGCAAAUAGUUAAUUGAGAAUAUUAAUGAAGCAAAGUAAGAGGGUUUAUAAAUUUUAUUGAUGCAUAUUGAAUAAAUUCUUAUGAGAGAUUAACAAAAUAUUGAUUAUUAAAGAGUUAUAUGUCUGUAUGAUGAACCUAAAGAGAAUAUUAUUUGCUUUUAAGUACCUAUUGUAUUUGUAAAUGGAUUAAAAAUACGUUUAUCAUUUAGUUUACCAAAAUUGUCUCCUCCAUCUUUAUCCAUAACAUUUGAUAGAAAACUAGUUUAAGAUAUUGGAGUAUUAAUUUAAUAAUUUAUUAUUUUAGCCUUUAUCUGUUGAAAAUAAACCAGAAGCUCCUUGGAUAAGAAGAGAAUAACAAGAUGAUAUGAUCAUAUUUACAGAAAAUGUUUAAUUAGUAGAUGAUAUUAGAUUAGAAACUGAAAAAGAUGAUGAUCAAACAUAACAACAAUAAUAAAUGUUAGAAAUUACUUAAAUUAAAAAUAAUCUAAUGUUAGAUAAAGAUAUUGAAGAAAAAUUAUAAAGAUUUUUCGAUAAAAAAAAUAAAUAAAAAUGA